AUGUCCAACGGCAAUUCACGCAGAGAAGUGCCCAUGUCUCAUGAUGAGCAGUCUCAUUAUGUUCGCACCCAAGAGUAUACAGUUAUGCCACAGUAUCUCAACUCUAUGCGCCUACCUGGGUCUCUCGGGGCAGCCUACCUUGGAUUAUCGGGCACAAGCAAUGAUGACACUGUUAUUGUCGACAGGAAAGUUUUCGACCGCGACACCCACGAAUUUGCAGAGGGAGACUUUGUUUGUCCAGGAUUUUUCAACCACGUCGAUCUAGGUGGGUUCACCCGCCGCUUCAACCCUUCCCAAUGGACCUACGAUAUGCGCCGCCAAGCUCAGUCUGUCUUUCCAUUUUUAUCUCUUGGCCCUUCGUCAUGUCUCCGUGAUACCGAUUACAUCCGGAGCCAAGGUUUCACACUUCUUCUCGCUAUUCGGAGUCGACACUCGGCCCUGGCACGCCUUGUUUCUGGCGAAAAAGCUGCGGCCGAGGCCGGUAUCAUGGCUGACACGAUCGAUGUCCUUGAUAACCAAGAGCUCAGUUCUGCAUUUCCACGCGCUAUCCGUCGUAUCAAUGAUCACCUGGCUGGUGUGGAUGUUGGAACUGAUGGGAUGAUGCCCAAUGUUCAAAAACAGAAAAGGAAAGUUCUCGUCUUCUGCGAGUCCGGGAAUGAACGCUCCGCCGGUGUCGUCAUUGCCUAUGUCAUGGUCAUGCUUAAUGUUCACUCUGCUGAAGCUACGCACAUGAUUCAACAGCGUCGUUUCUGUGUCUCAAUCGAGGACAAUAUGAAAUGCAUCCUCGCCGCUUUCGAGUCCAUUCUUUCUGCUAAGCGUGAUGUUGAGCGUGCUAGACAGAUUAUUGUUCGUGGGGCUGCGACUCUUGCGCCUCCAUCGGCACCACCGCUGCUUACGAAGAAGCGAAGUUUUCAAGAUCACAAAGAUGAUGAUAUUGCCAUAGGGGAGGAUGAAAUGGACAUGGAUGCGGAUGAGGACCCUUUCUACGACCGAAUGCCGAAUGCUCCCUUCCAAGACCGCAUUGUCUAA